AUGGCAGAUUCUGCACCCGAAAAACCAUUCCCUCGCAAAUUAUCAGGUUACGAUUUCUAUCGGGACGUUCUCGGCAGUCCGAAAUACGUCGUCGCACCGAUGGUCGAUCAGAGUGAACUGGCGUGGAGAAUUCUGUCUCGUCGAUAUGGUGCUCAGCUCGUCUACACUCCUAUGAUCAACGCCAAAAUAUUCGCUUUGAACCCCUCUCAAAAACACCGCGACAAAUUUUUCGACAUCUCGCACGCAGAAGAAGGUGGUCCCUCUGAUCGUCCACUUAUCGUCCAGUUUUGUGCCAACGACCCCGACCAACUGCUCGCAUCCGCACAGGCGAUUCAAGAUCACUGUGAUGCUGUCGAUCUGAAUCUAGGAUGUCCACAGGAGAUCGCGAGGUCCGGCCACUAUGGCUCAUUUUUGCAAGAUGAGUGGGACUUGAUCCAUAAGUUAGUCAACACACUCCACACCCACCUCAAAGUUCCCGUGACAGCCAAGUUCCGGGUUUUUCCUUCAACCGAAAAAACCGUCGCCUACGCACGGAUGCUUGAAAACGCGGGCGCCCAAAUCCUUACAUGUCAUGGUCGCAUCCGUGAACAGCGUGGUCAUAAUACCGGUCUUGCAGAUUGGUGCAAAAUUCGUGCUGUGAAAGAGGCGGUGUCAGUUCCCGUAUUCGCGAAUGGAAACAUCUCGUAUUGGGAGGAUGUUCAGAGGUGCUUGGAAGAAACAGGUGCGGAUGCGGUGAUGUCUGCUGAGGGCCAACUGUAUAACCCUGCGUUAUUCGCACCUGCUGCGUCCGGUACUGCUACUAGCACCCCGACGAAAGGGACGUGCGGAGAGGGGAUCUACGCACCCCAUGCGAAGUUGGCGUUGGAGUAUUUGGGCAUUGUCAAGAGUCUCAAGACGAAGACGGCGUUGAGUGCUGUCAAGGGACACCUGUUCAAAUUAAUGCGACCCGCUUUGAGUCGAGAAAGAGACCUACGAGAGCGGCUGAGUAAAAUUGGUGGACCAGAUGCUAUAGAUCAGUAUAUCGAAGUCGUAGAGGAGAUGAGGGAGCGGAUGGAGCGUGAUGAAGUGGAGUCAACGGGAAAGACUGACGAACUUAUAACGAUUGAACCUACAGUAGGGCUCAGAGCACUCCCCCACUGGCUCGCGCAACCCUACUUCCGCCCAUUGCCUCACACGCAUCAGGUAGAUCCCAAAGGUAAGCUCGUUUGCUGCCCCCUCUUCAUACUGCACUGA